CCGCGGAAGCAAUUGCAUCAAAAAAGAUAAAAAAAAAUACUUUUUUUGUCUCUUGAAGACUUGUGAUAAAAAAAAAUAAAAUUAAUUGAGUUAAAAAUACAUUUUGCUAGAAUUUAUUUUUAAAAUUUUCCCAAAGUGAAAUUUAUUAUUAGAAGAAAGUGAUUUAAUUUUAGUACGUUAGAAAAUUUAUUGAUCAUUAUGACGACGACGAUAGAAGUGGAAAAUGAUCAUCAAUUGGCAAACGGCACGAACGGCACAAGUAACGCGACUGGCAAAGGGAAGGACGAUCGUAAAUGUGAUCUCUUAUACGGAAUUGAUGAUAAUCCGCCGUGGUACAUGUGUAUCUUUCUCGCUUUACAACAUUACCUAACGAUGAUCGGUGCCAUAGUGUCAAUUCCAUUCAUUUUAACGCCCGCUCUUUGCAUGGAUGAUGCAUCGCCAUCACGCGGCGAAAUAAUUGCCACAAUGAUUUUCGUCACGGGACUCGUAACGCUCGUUCAAUCGACCUUCGGAUGUCGUCUCCCCAUCGUUCAAGGCGGCACAAUUUCCUUUCUCGUACCCACACUUGCCAUUCUUAACCUCCCGCAAUGGCAAUGUCCCGCCGAAGGUGUCAUCAAUGCCAUGUCCGAAGAGGAAAAGACUGAAUUAUGGCAAAUCCGGAUGCGAGAACUCUCCGGAGCGAUUGCGGUUUCGGCAUUAACGCAAGUUGUUCUCGGCGCCACGGGCUUGGUUGGAAAAGUCCUCAAAAUAAUCACUCCUUUGACAAUUGUGCCAACUGUCGCACUCGUUGGAUUGACACUUUUCGAACAUGCAGCAGAAACGGCAAGCAAACAUUGGGGCAUCGCAGUCGGAACGACUGCAAUGUUGACAUUAUUUUCGCAAGUACUCGUUUCCAUUACCAUUCCAAUUGUUAUUUGGCGCAAAGGUCACGGCUUGCAAGUGAUUAAAUUUGCCAUUUUUAAGCUGUUUCCGGUAUUACUUACGAUUGCGAUCAUGUGGGGUAUUUGUUUGGCACUUACCUUAACCGAUGUGUUUCCAGAAGGACAUCAGGCACGCACAGAUGUUCGCAUGAAAGUUCUUACCGACGCUAGCUGGUUCCGUGUUCCUUAUCCUGGGCAGUUUGGCAUGCCGACAGUUUCAUUAGCAGGUGUCCUUGGAAUGCUCGCUGGCGUUCUCGCUUGCACUGUCGAAUCCAUCAGCUACUAUCCCACAGUGUCCCGCAUGUCAAAUGCUCCCCCCAUCCGUCUUUCCGCCAUCAACGCAGGCAUUCUCAUCGAAGGCGCCGGAUGCGUUCUCGCCGGCUUAUGGGGCGCUGGCAACGGCACAAACACUUUUGGCGAAAACGUUGGCGCCAUCGGAGUCACAAAAGUCGGCAGUCGUCGCGUCAUCCAAUACGCCGGCGUCAUUAUGCUCAUCCAAGGUGUCAUCGGGAAAUUUUGCGCGGUUUUCAUCAUGAUCCCCGAUCCCGUUGUCGGAGGGAUUUUUUGCGUCAUGUUCGGCAUGAUCACCGCUUUUGGUCUCCAGGCGUUGCAAUAUGUGGAUUUACGAUCGUCACGGAACCUGUACAUUGUGGGGGUGUCACUUUUCUUCCCGCUCGUGCUUUGUCAGUGGAUGCACAAGAAUCCCGGGGCGAUAAAUACGGGAAUUGAGACAAUCGACUCGACUUUGAACGUUUUACUGAGCACGAGUAUUUUGGUUGGCGGAUUUUUGGGAUGUUUUUUGGAUCAUAUCAUCCCGGGAACGAAAGUUGAACGCGGAAUUGUCGCCUUUAACGAUGAAAUUUCGUUCGAACAAACGGAAGAUGAUGAAAAAGUGUCGACCUAUGACUGGCCAAUCGGGAUGCGGUGCUUGCGGGCUUGCAAAUGGACCCAAUAUGUGCCGUUCUUGCCGACUUACAAGCCGCCCGCGAAAAAAAACUGAUCCAGUUCGCAGCAAAAAAUGAACGCAAAUGAAACGUGCGAGACAUUCACCUUCUUUGCCGUUCAAAUUAAUCAUUUUAUAUGAUAAAAGCGUGUCUCGCACCGUAAAAGUCUUAAACUAAUAGUAAAUAAAGCCGAAAAAAAAUUGUGUAUUAUAAAAAACCGACUUUGUCAACACACACAAAAACUCACAAUGUUUGUUAUUUUUGCACGGCUCGUUUAAAUCAUAAAAAAAUAUCGCGUCGACGAAAUCAUGACCUACACAAGAGAGAUUCGCUUGAACACGAUGAAAAACACGUCACUCGAACCUGGCUCGUGUCUCCUCAUUUUUUUCCAUUGUUUAUCGCAAUUUGUGUGUGUUAUCGCCUUUUUUCUUGCGAUAACGAGACCUUAAAAUCGCGAUUUUUUCGUCGUGGCCCGUGCAGAGGCACCUGACUUUCUUGUCCGCUAUCUAUUCCGCGACAAGAGCUACUAUCAACAACGAGUGCGUUUCGCUUUUGUGUACCUUGGGAAAAUAUUUGCGCGAUAAUUAAUAAUUCAUAAGAGACACGGCUCGUGGAAGUUGUAAAAUUGAGUGAGCGAGCGAGAUAAUAAAUUAUUUGUCGAGUUUUGUUUUGUUUUGUUGUUCGGUUUAAUAAAUAAAAUAAUUGAAGCGCUGUAGAUGCAGCGAGUCCGUUUGACUAGCUGUUGAAUGUAAGUAUUUGUUGUCCGCAGUAGACAGCGAGAGGGAAAAGUGUCUCGCGCGCGCGUCGCGUGGAUGGGAGAUAAAGUGAGUGAGAAUCUCAUUGAAAAGCCGGUAGUCGAAAGUUUGUAUUGUAUGCGGUUAAAGUCUUGAAGAUAAGCGACUCGUGUCUCCAAUUGAGGUCGAUUUUGAUAAAUUUGUUACAUGAUUUGGGUUAUUUUUGGCACAAAGUACACGGCGU